AUGAAUCAGCAAGUUGUACUCCCGGAACUAUUCAAUUUCCUAAGCCGCGGCAAGAGCAUCUCAACCGAAGAUUUAGCCACUGAACGCGACGAAACCAACUUCGAUGACGACGUCGAACCCACGCAGUGGAAGCGAGUCAGCAAGAUCCGUCGUUCGCUACAAUUUCCAAGGAAAACUGCACCAAAAACCAACGUCCGUCCGAUCGAUCUGCCAGAAAAUUCCGUUAGCGUGCGAAAGAUUCGUCAAGAGUUAGAGAACGGUCGCCGUUUGAAUACUGCCAUGAGGAAUAAUCACAUCGAUUUUGUUGCACUGGAUAACAUUCUCAAGAACGUAGCGGAAAGUCCUGUUCCGAAGGUGGAAUCUCCGCGAACACCAACCACUGCGACUGCUGCUAAAACUUCGUCCACCACCUUUCUCACAGCUGAAUCGUUAAAAGAAAUCCGUGGGAAGCUGCGAAGGCUGAGCAACGAGUCACUCUACCGUGAUGACAUGAGUCCAGGUGAGGAGCGCAAGGAUGAUGACGAUUCGGUUACCAUAACCGAGGUUGAAACACGAUUGGGUACACUGCAGUCUAGCAGUUCGUCCGAUUCCUACAAAAGUAAUAGCCUAGAAUCGAACCGUAAAGGUUCGACCGAUAGUAACUCGGAGGAUUGGCAUUCGCGGCGAAAGUCCUAUGGAUUCGAAAGGAUGCAUCAGCAGUCUGGGUUUAUGGCGAAAAUGGAUUCUUCGACCGACAGUGGAAUCGGUCGUUCGUCGGAUCUCAGUUCCAGUUGGUCCAGUGGUGGGACGGAGAAUAAUGCUUAUUCUAGAGGUACCAUUGUAACCCUUGGAGAACAGAAGGAAAAACCUGCCAGCACGGCGAUGGUAAUUAAAAUCACCAACGAAGGUCAGGAUAAUGGAAAAACGAAUUACCGCGAUGAGGAGAUCAAACGUCAUUCGAUAGCUGUUGACGAGACCAGUUACGUUCGUGACAGUUUGAAAAAUAUGUUCGAGAAGAAGUCAUCGGUUAGUGUGAAUGGUUUUACCCAUACGUUUAUUGACGAUUUCAAUAGAAACAAGAAAAAAGUUGAGUUUUGUAAAACGGAAGUUCAUUUUACCGCUGACUCGGGUCGUGUAAACAUCGUUGAAACAGAUGAGAAACCCCCGCCAACCAAUGUUUUUCGCAGGCGACGAAGGUCGUCAUCUGGCGGAUCGAUGGGAUCGUCAUUUCUGCAGGCAAUCAGUUCCGGUGUUCCGGUAACACAUUUCGGCGAUUUGGAAAAGGAGAUCAACGAAUCGGAUCUGAAAGAAAACCCUGUUUAUACUGCUCCUCCGGUGGUGACUACUUCGGUUGGCCGCCCGGAACCUAGUCCACACAAGCUCGUUGUCCCUUCGGAUGACAGUGACGCCCAUUCGGCAGACGAAAUAUCACUCCGUGGAAUACUUAAAAACAAACCCGUAAAGCCGAAACCGUACAUGCUAGGCGAAAAUCUGGAAAAUAGUGAAAGCUUAUGGGGAGUUAAGUUGCGACCCGUAUCGACUGAACUGAACUAUUGGAACGGAGAGCUGGAUGAAAAGCAACAAACAAGUGACGAACCGAUGACAACAAAUGGUACUUUUUCGACUAAAAUUAACCUCCCUCCAGCCCAACCGGUCGCUCGAAAAUCAGAAGAAUCAUCCGAAUCGAAUCCGAAAUCCACUACUAAGAUCACGAUCGGUAUGACACACGGUGAUCCUUCGGAUCGCAGUCCCCUAAAGUCAACGUCGCUUAUUAUGCGAACAAUGCGUUCGGCAACUCAAUUCGAUGAAGCCAUGAAAAAGCUCGAAGCAGUUCGGAGAGAUUCUCUGGACAGCAACGCGGACGAGGAAGGACGUCCUGGAAUUCAACUAAUUUCCAGCACAAUUUCCAAGUCGAAUUCAGCCAGUAGCAUCUACAGGGAAACUCCCAAGCUAAGAGUAGCAAAAUAUGCAGCCUCUCUGGACGGAGAUAUCGACGAUGAUGAGCCCCGCUACCGAUCUCCCGUAGCUGCCUAUAGAAGAAAGUCUACGAACGAAUCUCGACUAUCCGACUUCGAGGCUUAUAUCAGCAAAAACAGCAUCCGUCGAUCAAGUACGGACGAGUUUUCCUCAGUCAGUAUGGUGUCUAAUGUCAGUGCAAAACCUGUGGCAGCACCUCGGAUGAAAAAGCUAGGAUCAAGCGUUCUAAGUCAUCAGCUUACUCAGCUGAAACGACUGUACGAUGCGGCUGAGCAAUAUGACAGCGACGAUAGUGCUAAAGCUGAUGAAGAAGUCAAACUUUACCUAGGCAAUUUGGCGGGUAAUAGCGAAGAGAAAGGUGCCAGCGAGCUAUCGGGAAGCUGGAGUCGGCUCAAAGCGAAAAGAAGUUAUCAAAAGUAUCGCGAUCAGGACAUUAAGAUCACCGUCAACUCCAGUUCAGAGUUUGAAAUAGUGAAACCAUCAUCUACCGGAACAACGACCACAACUAUUUCCAAUGAAAAGCAGCCCAGAAAUAGCAACAUAAUGUCCAUUGCGCUGAAAAGUCCUACUCCUAUCAAGAAGCAAUCGACGCCUAGUACCGGCCAGCCGGCCGGCAAUAAACCUUGUCCGGCGCCAGUAAUCGGUAACCGUAGCGUUCCACCAACGGUGAAAACCCAGCCUCCGCAAACGAUCGAACCUCAACAAGCAGCUGCUGUGCAGCCACAGCAGCAACUUUCGACGCACUUCAAGCGCCACAUUCCGACGGCUGCUAGCGAAACGAAUGGCACAGCACGAAACGAAGAACGGGCAUCACUUCGGCUGUCGUCGGGUGCACGACAACUUCGCGAACAUGAACUGUCAUUCUUCGGUGUCAACCCAAACAAAAGCCACGAAUCGUCGAACUCGUCGGGUACCUCGUUGUCGUCGGCGUCAGUAAAGACUCCGCCGCAUACGGCGUUUACCCGAUCCACAACUCUUACCUCCUCGUUUAUUAAACGUAACUCGAUUAACAUGCAUCCUCUGUCGACGUCGUCGUCUUCCGCAUCAUCCUCUACGAAUUCUACACAGGUUAAACCUCAAAAAUCCUCUCCCUGGCAGUUGACGAAUGAUAAGCCUGACUUGUUACGGCACAGUCAACGUAUCGACAAUGAUAGAGCUGAAAAAACUUCCGGCGCUCCAACUGCCACGACUACGGUUGUUGAACCGCAAUACGAGAAUCUAGUCAAAUCCGUUGUGGAAUCGUCCAGCACACAAUACGAUCGUAAAACGGAUCUUAAACGGGAUGAGGAGAUUCUCGAGGAGCUAACACGAGCUGCUGAUGAAAUUUUGAAUGUUGUUAACAACAUGUCGAACGCUGAAAGUACUGAGAGCCUCCUGAAUGAAUAUCGUUCCUCAAACAGUGGCGUUACACUGGGAACGAUUCGAGAAUGUGCUUCCACAAACAAAAUUAUGAAGUCCCGUGGAAUUCAGGUAUCUAAGAACUUCGACGAAAGUUUGAAGCGACAUCAACGGUCUGAAAAAGUCUCUUCAGCAUCAUCUAAUGAAAGCCUCUCGCGACCAUCCUCCAUGAGUACAUCCGUAAUGCGUCCUACGCAAGCAUCCGAGUCCCGCAGUAGCAGUGGUCGCCGUAAGCUAUCGAAUUCGGCCACGGAAACUCGUCGACUGAUUCGUAUGUGCAGCAAAGAGCGGCUGCAUCAAUCGAAUGCCAGUUCUUCAGAAGACUUACCGAAUUCUGCCACAGUUGAUCCUCCUCGUAGACCACGUCGAACCAGACACCACCACAGCUCCACUGAUAAAGAAAGUUCUCGAAAUGGAGUGUCGAAAUCAUCAACCGCCGAAAGCCGUAGAAGCGAUGAAAAUACCGUAACCAGUCGAACGCAUCGCACCGAAAGAUCGUCUACCAGAACUAGCAAAGGUACUACCACUCAUCCCGCGGGUAGUGUAAUUCCAAUCGGAGAUCACCAACAGCAACGUGCAGUCCACCGCAGCAGCAAGUCCGGAACGUCCGUCCUUACCACUACAUCAUCCAAAAAACAUCACCGGUGAGUCUCUGCCGCCUGCUGUUGUUGUUGUUGUUGUUGGUGGUACCUCAAAUAGCUUUUGGCGGUUUUGAACGACAACUUCGAGUAACUUCGGAUGCAACCUACAAUCUCCAGCUUCCAACCACGUCAGAAAAAAUGCAGCAUACAUACUAACAAAGAUCUCGAGCGAACAAAAAAAAACAAUCAUUUCCUAUGUAAUCAUCGAAAAAGCACAAGCGCCGAAUGCGAAAGUAAACAUAUGUGAUGAGUGGUGAUAAAUACUAUCUCUAAGAAGUAA